ACCUUAGCGCUCUCUUCUGACUGGCUGCCGCUGCAGGCCUGCGUAUCCCUGGGGCUGGACCGGCCUUGAGAGGAGAUAAGAGGGAAUUCUCUGUGGUUAUGGCCUGUCUCUGGGUUAUAAAUACCGGAGCAGUGCGGCAGGAGGGCCUACUGGAGGAGACAGGGACCUGGCAGCCAGCAGAGCAAGGUAAGGCCAGGCAGGGCUUGGAGAGGGGCUAAGCAGCUUGUCUGCUUGGUGCAGGGCUCAUGGAGUUGCUGCUGGACUCAGGCAGGAUAUAAAUGCUGUUGGUUUAUAUGGAGAAUGGCUCCUGGUGAUGGGAUAGGUCCCGCCAACCUCAAGCUGGGGCUCAGGCUGUCCGGGCAGAGCCACCCUGUUCUUCAGCGCUGGCAAUACAAGCGACUGUGGAUCCCAAACUGCUCAGCCUCCUGCAUGCUACAGGCCCUUCUGAAAAGCUAGACACUUAUUUUGGUGCCUAAUCAGGGGCUGCACUUUCUGGGCUUCCUGGCGCCCGAGGGCCCAAUUCACCCCACGCUGUUUGCAUCAGGGUAGAAUGCUGCCAUCCCAGGUCGCAUCAUUUCCCCCUUUGCACAGGUAUAAAUGGUUUUGAUUUUAAAAUAUCCCCCUGAAAACUCAAAACACAGUGGUGCCUGGUGACCAAGGCCAGCCGCAGGAGAGUUGGUUUCACUCCCAAGGCAGGGGGAUGGUUCCCUCUGGGUCCUUGUGAUCCCAGUUUUACAAGGAGCUGCUGGGUGGGAGAAGGCCCCUGGAAAGAUUUUAAAGCAACGCUCAUGUCUAAACCCAGCUAUGAUUGAUUAACCUCCCCCCCCCCAAUGAUUCUAAUCAAGGCUGCACAGCUUUCGGUUCAAUUAUUCACUGCCCAUCAUCACUCCCCUGGGACUGACUCUGUUCCCCCUCCUGCCUGAGCCCAGGGUCUGCAGCCAGGGGUUCCUCCCAGUCGCCUCCCGCACUGGAGGAACUUGUGAUCAGGUGCGAGGGUUAACAUAUGACAGGAGGUGCUGCUGGCAGGGCCGUAAGACUCCCCAUCCCAGUCUGCUCCCCCUCUGCUCUAACCCUCUUUCCUCCAUUGCACCAGGGUCUCAGGGAAGCUCCCAGCAUGAAGCUUUUUACCCUCAUCCUGACGCUGGCCAUCCUGGCAGGCAGCCAGGCCUCUCUCCUCAGCGAUGAGCCCACACCGAGGUUGGAGCAGGUCCGGGAAGCCUUCUGGGAGUACGUGGCCAAAGCCACCAGUUCCACCAAGAAAACCAUGGAGCUGAUCCGUAAAUCUGAGCUAGGCCAGGAGAUCAACAGCCGCAUCAGCCACAGCCUGGUGGCUGCCAACAGCUAUGGCACAGAGCUGCAGAAGCAGCUGCCUCCUGGGGCCCAGGAGCUGGUGGCCAAGCUGAGCAAGGACACAGAACUGCUGGUGCAGAAGAUUUCAGGGGACCUGCAGGAACUGAACCAGAAGGUGCAGCCAUACACUGAGGAGCUGCAGGCUCAGCUGGCGCCCUAUGCCGAGGGGCUGCUGGAGCAGGCAGAGCAGCACGCUGAGACCCUGUGCCGCAGCUCGACAGCUGGCACCCAGGAGUUGAGUGAGAAGCUGCAGCAGAAUGUGGAGGAGCUGCGCAGCCAGCUGGGUCCCUACACCCAGGAGCUGAGCGGGCGGCUGCAGCAGCAUGUGCAGGAGUUCCAGCAAGGGCUGGAGCCCUACGUGAAGAAGCUGCAGGGGAGCCUUAGCCAGGGUGUGCAGCACGUCCGUCGCAACCUGCACCCCUACGCUGAGGACCUGCGCCAGAAGCUCAACCCCUAUGCCGAAGACCUGCAUGGGCGGCUGGGCUCCUUCUGGGCCUCCUUCCUGCAGCACUUCCAGUGAGGGACCUGCACUGGUGGGGAGAUGGGAGCACACAGCCAGGUGGGCGGGGGGUGAGACACAGACCCCAUCCAUUCAUGGAGCCCACGGGACUGGGGGAUGGGAGCACAGACCCCAUCUGUGCAUGGAGCCUUCAGGGGUCACAGGUGCUUGAGAGGGCACAGCCUGUUCUCUAAGAGCCCCUCACAUGCCCAGGGUCCCUGUCCCAUCACCCCUAGUCACUCCCUGUGUCUGUAACAACCUCCCACGGCUCAAUAAAGCACCUGCUGAUUAA